GACCCGCCAGCGCUGGUCUUCGCCGAGUGGAUGUAAGGGCUCGCUGGAUCUGCUUCUUGGCCCGUGCCUUUUUCGCCCUCUUCUUGUUCCUCCCUCUCGGAUCCCACGCGAAGCAGAUCGGGCGUUCUCUUUCCUCAGGGAGGAGGAUUCUCGAUUUCUUCUUCGAUCGCAGGACCUGGUUCGGUCGGUUUACUGGAAUCUUAAUGCGUCUCGCGGCCGAUCUCCGUAUCAUCACAGUUAGGAUCUCCAUAGAUCAGUUUGAUCUGCAAUCAGAGAGGCAAUGAUCGUUUAGCGAUGUUCGAUUCUGGGAAUUCCGGCGACAGAGUUGAGGAAUUUACGAGGGGGUGUUGUUACGUGAGUAUCCGCCGAGUCGCCGCGGAAAGCAGGUGCUGCAGCAACUGCCGAUGAUUCGGUUGAGGUGAUUCCGGGGGUUUGCAGCUGGCUUUCGCUUCCUUCUCCUUUUCUGUGGGAUUGAGAUAUGAUGAAUUACUAAAGGGUUGCGAAUAGCGUGCUUGACGCAAGAUGGAUCUGUCUAAGGUUGGAGAGAGGCUUCUUACCUCAGUUAAAUCCGCGAGGUCUUUGGGGCUUCUUCCGUUUCAGUCGGAUCGUCCGGAGGUUCCUGUACGGGCAGCAACAGCAGCAGCCAUUGCUCGCGCUCUUUCAAGUCUUCCACCUCAUCAGCGACUAAGUCUUCCAUUACAUUCAGGGGAUCUCGUAUCAAUAUAUGGAGUCAAACAUCAAGAUCAACCGGUUGAAGAAUUAGAGGAAGAUUUUUAUGAAGAGGACUUUGAUCCUGUGAGGCAUAUGCUUGAACAUAUUCCAUCAGAUGAAAACGAUGCAAGUUAUUUUGAGAGAAAGGCAGCAUUGAGGUUAGCUCAAUUGGAUGUUAUAGCAGAGCGUUUAUCUCACCAUGUUAUGGAGCACCAUGAACAAAUGGUGAAGGGAAUGCAGUUAGUAAUGGAAGUCGAGCAUGAUUUGAAGAUUGCAAACGUCAUAUGCAUGAAUGGUCGCAGACAUGUUAGAUCCUCAAUGCAUGAAGUCUCGAGAGACCUUGUGGUCACUUCUAGCGCCAAAAAGAAGCAAGCUCUCUUGGACCUGCUUCCUGUCCUAACACAACUUCGGCAUGCUCUUGAUAUGCAAGUGGAUCUUGACACUCAUGUUGAGAAUGGAAAUUACGUGAGGGCAUUUCAGGUGCUUUCCGAGUAUCUACAGGUUCUUGAUGGCUUCUCAGAUCUUUCAGCUGUGCAAGAAAUGAUCCAUGGAGCUGAGGUGUGGCUGGAGAAGGCACUUCAGAAGCUUGAUUCACAGUUAUUAAGUGUUUGCCAGGAGUUUAAAGAAAAGGACUAUGUGAAUGUUGUGGAUGCUUAUGCAUUGGUAGGAGAUAUUGCUGGGCUGGUAGAGAAAAUGCAAAGCUUUUAUAUGCAAGAGGUCCUUUCAGACACUCAGACAGCUUUGAAGGAUAUUUUGCAGGAGGAUCUUAAUCUACAGGAUCCACAUAAAAGUAGGUUGACCUACAGCGAUCUGUGCCUUCAAAUACCAGAAUCCAAGUUCAGACGAUGUCUGUUGUACACACUCAAUGUUUUAUUCAAGAUAAUGAGUUCGUAUUAUGCAAUUAUGAGCUUUCGACUUGAUGAUCAGAUUCCAGCAAGCUCUUCUUGUUCACAGGAAAAUUUGCAUGUUGCAUCUAGUUUAGAUAAGCCUGAGAAGCCUGUGCAGCUGAAUGCCGCUGCCUCUGAUGUUCUUUCUCAUGCGGACCAAUCUAGCUCUGAGAUCAUAACAUAUGGUGGGGAUGGUCAUGUUAUUGCUGAUUUGUCUAACAAGCCUCAAGAUUCUUCUUCAUCACUCUGUGAUGGUCAGAGGCCUGUAGUUGAGGCCACUGAUGAUCCUACGCCUAGCAGUAGUUCUUCUUGUGAUCAGUUGAGGAAGGAAUCAGUUGCUUACAUUGCGCAAGCAUUGCAGAAAGGUCGAAGGAACCUUUGGCAUCUGACGGCAAGUCGUGUAUCUGUGUUGUUGUCAUGCUCAGCUGCAUCUUCGACAAGCACUCAUCAAUUUUUGAAGAACUAUGAAGACCUGAACUCUUUUGUUCUGGCUGGGGAAGCAUUUUGUGGAGCUGAAGCUUCUGAAUUUAGGCAAAGACUGAAGAUCGUUUCUGAAAAUUAUUUAGCAUCUCUACAUCGGCAAAGUAUUUGUGCUUUAAAAAUGGUUCUUGAGAAGGAAACCUGGCUGCAAAUAACACCUGAGACAGUGCAGAUGUUGAAUUUGGCGGGCCUUGUUGGUGAUGGGGCACCAGUUAUUGUCCAUCAUUUUGUGAAUACACCCAAGAUUUUGCAUUCCAGUGGAUCUGGAAGAGAAUCUGGACAUCUGAAAAGCGGAUUUGCACGUUGGUUUAAGAUGGGGAAUCCAUUUGACUUGAAGCAUGUGGAUGACAUAAGCUCUCCACGAAGCUAUGACAACAACAAUAAUGGAUCACAGAAUGGCAGAAUCGCCCAUGGCAAUUCUCAAAGGAAUGAGGAGGAUGUUAAUGGACCUUCAAUAGAAGAUGAAAAUGAAGAUCUUCUGGCUGACUUUAUUGAUGAGGAUAGCCAGCUACCUAGUCGUAUCUCUAGACCGUCUUAUGCAAGAAAGCACAGUGCAAACUGGGAGGGUAAUGAAAAUGGCAUACUAACUGGGUCUUCAUUGUCCCUUCUGAGGUUGAUGGAUAAGUAUGCAAGACUCAUGCAGAAGCUGGGGGUUGUGAACAUUGAAUUUUUUAAGGGAAUCUGCCAGUUGUUUGAGCUGUAUUUUUAUGUUAUAUUUGAGACAUUUGGUCAUCGGGAUGCAUUUAUUGCUGUGAAGGGUCACCCAGAGGCUCUAACUUAUCGCCUCAAGGCUGCUCUAACAAGAAUAACACAUGAAUUAUCUGAGCAGCGAAUAAGGAGUCCAAAUUCAUCAACAUCUGUUAAUGGUACAUUUGACGUUACACCAACUUGCCCCUCUAUCACAAAUCUUGCACCAAAUACAACUUUUGGACUAAAGGAAAGAUGUAACGGGGUAGAAUCAAUAUUACAGAUUGCUCAAAUUUUACAUCAAUCAAGAGUGCAUCUGCAAUCAAUGAUUUUGGAGAACAACACGGCUCUAGUCGAUGAAUUUUACAUCAAUGUGGUGGAUGCUGUUCCAGAUCUUAUAGAGCAUAUCCAUCGGACAACUGCAAAAUAUCUACUAAAUAUUAAUGGGUAUGUGGAGCGGAUUGCAAGUGCAAAAUGGGAGGUUAAGGAUCUUGGGUUAGAGCACAACGGGUACGUUGAUUUACUGCUGGGUGAGUUCAAGCAUUACAAAACAAGGCUAGCUCAUGGAGGAAUUCGGAAGGAGGUUCAGGACUUGCUACUUGAAUAUGGCCUUGACAAUGUUGCUGAAGUUUUUAUCGAGGGUCUGUCACGUGUAAAAAGGUGUACAAAUGAAGGAAGAGCGUUAAUGGCUUUGGAUCUUCAGGUACUAAUCAAUGGGUUGCAACACUUUACUUCGUUGAAUGUAAAGCCCAAGUUGCUGAUUGUGGAGACAUUUAUCAAGGCCUACUAUCUUCCUGAGACUGAGUAUGUACAUUGGGCACGUUCUCAUCCGGAGUACACUAAAAGCCAAAUUACAGGUCUGGUCAAUCUAGUCGCCACAAUGAACAACUGGAAACGAAAAACGAGAUUGGAAGUGCUAGAGAAGAUAGAAACUGGAAACUUGUAGUUGUACAUAUUGAAAAUGCCUUCUACACGUAUCUAGCCAGCUCAUUCUUUGCAUGUGUAUAGUGGUUGCUAUAGUGAAACUGUAUAUUAUUGUCCCAUAUGUUACUGUUGUAUCAUUUACAUCCAUUAUGAGAGAAAAUUUUGAAAUUUUUCUAGGUA